UCCUUCAUAGGGUUCUCCUCCAGCCAAGGGCCCCAUGCCCCAUCAGCCAGGGGGCUGGUCACCCAGGCUGACAGAUGCGGGGCCUGUGACUAACAAAGGUGGUAAUGCUUCCUGAGCCCAACUUGGAGUGCUCAACUUGCAUUUCCCAACUCCUUUCGUCCUAUAAGGACCCUGGGAAGUACACAUGAGGAAACUGAGGCACAGGGCAGUUAAGCACUGCCCCAGUCCCACAGCUGGUAGGUGUCGGGCAGAUCCUCACAGGCAGCUGUUCCCCUCACUGUCUCUCAAACAUCCAGCUCAUCUCCCAAAUGUCAUUAGUCAUCAGACCCCUCCCGGAGCCCUCCUUGUGUGGCUGGCCCUGCUGAGCCUGAGGGAAACCCGACAGGCAGUACCGGAAAGCCUUCCGACAGGAAGCUGUGUCGUCACCCAGGCCCGGUUCUUGCCAGGUGGAGCAGGGAAUGGCGGGCAAGGGCCUGGGUGCCAGGCGUCCUGGCAGAGGAGAGGACACCUGCUUGGAAAUGGAGGUGAUCUCUGCUUGGGCAUCCCUAUGCCUGGCACUCCGCACCAACUGGGCCUUGACCCUUGCCACCUCACUGGGGCCGGGACAGCUGUGGUGUCACCUACCCAUCUGACCACCCAGGCUUGACAGCUGGACCUACUUGGGUUUGAAAGACAGCCCCGUGGCUGAGGGUGCCCGUGGCAAGUUUCAGCUCACCCUCUGAGCCCAUUUCCAGGUGUGAAGUAUAGCCUACCUUACGGGUUUGUCAAAAUUAAACAGGAGGGUUCGUAUAAAGAACCCGCACACCGUGUAUUCACGAAUCCGGACUCUUCACUCUGUUCAGUGUCUGUUUCUUGAGCACCUCCCAGGCACCAAGGCCUGUGUUGGCUGCUGAGGGUCGGCCUGUGUCCCCACUCGGUGACAGUGCAGAGUAGGCAGGGCGGGGAUUGCAGAGCUACCCUGGGAUGGGGGAUAAGGAGGUCUUGCAGGAGCCGGACAGAGGGAACAGUGAAUGGCAAGGCCUGAAGCCUGAGCCUGUCCUCCAUGAUGGGCCUGGAGAGAAGUCAUUCCCAAAUGAAGCCGGUGGCCAGAGAGGAGGGACAGAAGAUGAGUCUCUCGGUCCUGGAGGGCAUGGGCUUCCGCGUGGGCCAGGCCCUGGGUGAGAGGCUACCCCGGGAGACACUGGCCUUCAGAGAGGAGCUGGAUGUCCUCAAAUUCCUGUGCAAAGACCUGUGGGUGGCCGUGUUUCAAAAGCAGAUGGACAGCCUCCGCACCAAUCAUCAGGGGACCUACGUCCUACAGGACAACAGCUUCCCCUUCCUCAUCCGGAUGUCCUCGGGCCUGCAGUAUGUGGAGGAAGCACCCAAGUUCCUGGCCUUCACCUGUGGCCUCCUGCGUGGCACCCUCAGCACCCUGGGCAUCAAGAGCCUGGUCACCGCCUCCGUGGCAGCCCUGCCAGCCUAUUCCAGCCUCAAGCUAAAGCCAGCCCUUCUCUUCCAGUGUCAACAAAUCUGGGCUGCACGCUGCCCAGCGGGACCUCUCCCUGGGGAGCAAGGCCAGGUGCCCGACGUGCAGGCAGCAUCUGCGCAUCACACACCUGGGCUCUUCUGCCUGCUGUCUGAUGUGGGCUCUGUGCUCAGCGGACUCCUGACAACCACGAAAAGUAGGCACCGAUACUGGCCCACUCAGCAAUGA